AAAUCUGUUUGUGUGCGACAAGUGCGAGCUCCAUUAGCGCACGCCACAAAUCCAAGAAAUCCCGUCGCCUCUCGCCAUGGCGGGCCCAGCUCUCGCACCGGUCCGCACGGUGCCAGUGCCACCGAGGACGUCGUCGCUGCCAUGGCGCGGAGGACCGUCUCGCCACCGCAAGGCGGCGGCGCCGGCGCCGGCGCGGCCGCCUGUGCUGUCGCAGAUCAGCGCGUCUCCAGGCGACGGCGCGGCGGCGGCGGCGCAGGGCGACGAGAGAAGGGAGGAGGAGAGGAGGAGGCGGUGCCUGCGGUGCGGCAGCCUGUACGCCGACGAGGACAACUCCCCCACCGCCUGCGCCUUCCACGGCCACGUCACAGGGGAGAAGGGGUUGUUCUCGCUGUCGCCGCCGCACCAGGGGAUCGACGGCGAGUGGAGCGACAAGAGCGGGGUGAUCGUGUACAGGUGGAACGACAGGGGGAGCCGGCCCAACACCGGGAGAGCGAACUGGAAGGGGAGGUGGAGCUGCUGCCAGGAGCGCGACGAGGGCGCGCCGCCCUGCCGCCUCAGCCGCCACGUCUCCUACGACGACGGCUUCACCCUCUUCUAGUUCUACCCUACAUGUGAAAGACUUCCACAUUGUAGAAAUAAAAAGCCAAGCCACACCCUUUCUAGCCUACAUUUUGUAUGAUGAGGGUAUUACCGAUCUUGGUUGUUAACAGUGCUGAUCAAGUGGGCAAUACGAUGAAAACUCACACAGGUUUGGUUGUGAGCAGCCA